AUGUCAGAACCGAAUGUCAAACAACUUCAAGUGGAAUGCGACACAUACAAGCUAAGGACGGCCAUUGAUGCGGCCACGGAGGCGAUUAGCAGGACAAAAUCGAACCAGGAGCGCGCUACUUAUGUACGUCAAGCUAUGGAUAACAAGUACGGACCUGCAUGGAGCUGUGUAACUGGUCUCGAUUUCGGAAGCGAAAUCCCCUAUCUUCCGGAAAAUUUUGCCUUCUUCACUGUCGAUAAUGUCUCCUUCCUCGUUUGUAAGUCUACGGAAAAUGUAAAAGUUAUGUAA